AUGCCGGCGGGCGCCAGGUUCCAGCGGCGGCGGCGGCAGCUGCAGCCCCGGCCGCGGCAGCCUCUCCUCCGGCCCAUGAGCGCGGACCCGCCGCCGCCGCCCUGGCUGUGGCUGCUCCCGGGCUCGGCCGGGCUGCUGCGGCUCGGCGCGGGGGUCGCGCCCCAGCCGGUGCUGCUCGCCGCGGCCCAGCCCCCCGCCGCGCCGCUGGUCCCCGCGCUGCCCGGCUGGCCGGCCCCGGGCGAGCCGCUGCUGCCGCUGCUGCCGGCGCCCUCCGCGCCGGACCACGCCGCCGCGCACCGCCUGCUGCACGGGCAGUGGCUGCUGGGGGGCCCUUCUGCGUCCCUGGGACUGCCCCCCGCUUCUGCUGUGGAGCUGGUGCCCAUCUUCCCACAUGUCGGCCCUUCUGCUCUUCCACCUCCCAUUGGGAAAAGUUGGAUAGACAAAAGGAUACCUAAUUGUAAGAUCUUCCUAAAUAACUCCUUUGCUCUGGACUCAACCUGGAUACAUCCUGUGGAGUCAAGAUUGUUCCAUGGGCACGAAAAGCCUCACUUGCUGGCCAAUCAGGUGGCCGUGUCCCUGUCGAGGCCAGCUGCUGUCUCCAGGCCGCUUCCCGCGGUGGUGUUAGCCUCUCAGCCUAUGCCAGGUGGUUGCCACAACAGCCUUAAGCCGAUCAGCAAUGGUCCCACUAUCGCCAUUGCUGCCGCCGCCGCUGCCGCCAUGGUUUCCGUGGACCCCGAGGGUCUCCGGGCCCCAUUACCCUCCAGCGUGCAGCCGUGCCACUUCCUGACCUUGGCACCCAUCAAAAUACCCCUGCGGACGGCCCCUUUCUCAGAUACUUGGACCCAGAGAGGCCAAGUUUCCCAGCCACCGCUGCUCGGUGUUCGAGCUAGGAAGAGCCGGGCUGGAGACACGGAGGACAAGGAGCCCCCACCGAUGCUCGGGAGAGGAGAGGACAGCGCGGCCAGAGGCAGCAGGCCCGUGGCCUCCACCCCCGUGCCCGGAUCCCCCUGGUGCGUGGUCUGGACCGGAGACGACCGGGUUUUCUUCUUCAACCCAACCAUGCAGCUGUCCGUCUGGGAGAAGCCCACGGACCUGAGGAACCGCGGGGACCUCAACCGGAUCAUCGAAGACCCUCCCCACAAGCGCAAGCUGGAGGCCGCAGCAGCCCAUGACAGCGACGGAUCCGGUUCGGAAGACGGCAGGGAAGACCAGGACGUGAAGACCAAGCGGAACCGGACCGAAGGCCGCGAGAACCCAGAGCCGGAGGAGGCGGAGAAGGAGGACAAAGGUGCGAGGACGCCGUCCCCCCAGGUCCUCCUGCCCCUGGAGGAGCGCGCGACCCACUUCCGAGACAUGCUCCUGGAGCGAGGGGUGUCAGCGUUUUCCACCUGGGAGAAAGAGCUACACAAAAUCGUGUUUGACCCGCGCUAUCUCCUGCUAAACUCCGAGGAACGAAAACAGAUAUUUGAACAGUUUGUCAAGACAAGAAUUAAAGAAGAAUAUAAGGAAAAGAAAAGUAAAUUGCUGCUAGCCAAAGAAGAAUUCAAAAAGCUUCUAGAGGAAUCUAAAGUGUCACCCAGGACCACGUUUAAGGAGUUUGCUGAGAAAUACGGCCGGGAUCAGAGGUUUCGACUUGUGCAGAAAAGGAAGGACCAGGAGCAUUUUUUCAACCAGUUCAUACUUAUUCUUAAGAAACGGGACAAGGAAAACAGACUGAGGCUGCGGAAAAUGAGAUGAGUUUGUGAAAAUGCAAUAAGCCCCGGGUGGGCGUGGGGAGAGCGGGGCGAGGGUCCCGCGGUGCAGACA